AUGUCCUCAAUAACCAUCCCCCCCAAAUCCCCAACACACACCCACACCCUAAUCCUCCUCCACGGCCGCGGCAGCACCGGCCCCGUCUUCAGCGAUCCCUCCCUCACAACCACCACGCUCGCAACCUCCCUCCCAACAACAAAAUUCAUCUUCCCCACCGCCCCAAUCCGCCGCUCCACCAUCCUCCGCCGCAGUCGUAUCCCCCAGUGGUUCGAUAAUUACUCCCUGGACGACCCGAACGAACGCCCAGAGCUGCAGGCCGAGGGGCUAGCUGAUGCGGCCGCCUUCUUGCGCCGUCUUGUCGAUGAAGAGGCUGGCCUUCUUGCAACAAUGCAUGAAGGCGACGCGUACGAGCGUGUGGUUGUUGGCGGGCUGAGUCAGGGGUGUGCGGCUGCUGUUACGUUUGUGCUUGCUGCGGGGGUGAGAUUGGGGGCGUUUGUGGGGAUGAGUGGGUGGUUGCCGCUGGAACGGCAGAUUAAGGGUGUCAUGGAGGAUGGAAGGGGUGGAGAUGAGGAUUGUGGUGUUUGUUUUGGGGACGAGGAGGAGGAGGAUGAGGAGGAAGAGACAUCGUCUGUUCUUCGGGUGGUGAACCAUCUGCGCGAUGUCUGUGAUAUGGAGGUCGUCGGUCCUGAGAGGGAGGUACAGGCGACGCGGGGUCUGCAAACGCCGGUGUUUCUGGGGCAUGGUGUUGAGGAUCCCAAGGUCUCGGUGAGGUUGGGGAGGAAGAUGGUGCAGGUGUUGGAUGCGUUGGGGAUGGAUGUUACCUGGAAGGAGUAUGAGGGACUCGGGCAUUGGUAUCGCGUGCCGGACGAGAUUGAGGAUAUUGUUGCGUUUCUGCGAGAUAGAGUGGGGGUUCCCGGUGGGACUACAUAG